UAUGGAGGAUUUUCUCCUCAGCAAAGGACGCUCCGGGAAGUUCCACAUCAGCCGACCCAAGCUCGGGGAAUUUUACGCUAGGAUGUGCUUACAAUACUUCGCCAACGGAAAAGCGUCGAAAAUCUACGAGAGGAGCAUCCACUUCCUAUCAGCCUACUGUCGCCAUGCAAUGGCAACUUCCACUCUUCAGAGAGACUUCUUGGCAUUGGAUGUCGAUGCUAUUGGAAGGCGUAGCUCGGAUCUGGCCGACAUAUCAGUACUGCUCAGCUAUGCUCAAGAGGGUAAGGACUCUAGGCUCAUCGACCAGUCUCUCAUGCCGGGGACAAGCUAUAGUGGUGAAACGGACUUUAAAUAUCCACUCCGAAGUAUGGCCGAUCAGCUCUUCGCACCAUUCCACCCAUUCGCCUCUAAACAAGUUAGCGACACGGACACUACAUCCCUCUUCCUUUCCAUUCGCUUCUCCGAGUAUUGGAAGAAAAAUCCUCCCAUUAAUUAUAUCAGAAUCGCUGAGAAAUACCUCACAAGCGAUGACUUCUCGCAUGUGGCUUGCCAUACGCUGGCUUAUAUUACCUCUACCCAGUG